AUGUCAUUCAGGGGAAACAACUUGGGCGGAUUUCCAAACUCACAGCCAGGAUUUCAGAAUCCUGUGUAUGGCGUGUCACCACAUGCCAAUAACGAGUCGGCGAAGGUGAAGUAUGGAAGGAUAUUUGAGCAGUUUUCCAAAAAGGUGGAGAACUUAACUGAUCACCCUUUGGUGAUGAAGUUGAAGCCAUACACUCCAACCAUUGCUAGAUUCUUCAUUGUGGCUACAUUUUACGAAGAUUCGUUCAGAAUCAUGGCACAAUGGUCGGACCAAGUCUUUUAUUUAUGGAAUUACAGACAUUUCCCAUAUUACUUCGUGGUCUUUUUCUUGUUCUGCGUUGUGGUGUCAAUGAUGAUUGGGGCUACAUUGUUGAUCUUGAGGAAACAAACCGUGUAUGCUACCACUGCAUUGAUCUGUACUGUUGUGCUACAGGGUUUGGUAUAUGGUCUGUUCACUGGAUCCUCUUUUGUCUUGAGAAACAUCAGUGUCAUUGGAGGUUUGCUAAUUGCAUUUGGGGACAGCAUUGUCACAAACAGAGCCACUUUUGGAAUGUUGCCUGAGUUAGACAGCAAGGAUGGGAAGUUUAAGAACUAUUUGUUGCUAGCAGGGAGAAUUUUGAUGGUUUUGCUUUUCAUUACAUUUACAUUCACCAAGAGCUGGUUGACAGUCAUCUUGACCUUAGCAGGUACUGUGUGCAUCGCCAUUGGGUACAAGACGAAGUUCGCAUCCAUAAGUUUGGGAUUGAUCCUCGCUUUCUACAAUAUUACCGUCAACAACUACUGGUUCCACGGUUCUAGCAAGAGAGAUUUCUUGAAGUACGAGUUCUACCAAAACUUAAGUAUUAUCGGUGGUUUGCUAUUAGUAGGAAACACCGGUGCUGGACAAUUAUCGAUCGAUGAAAAGAAGAAGAUCUACUAA